GCAGCCCCUUCUCUCUCUCUCUCUCACACACACACACACACACAAACACUCCUCUCUCUCUCUCUCUCUCGGUUCCCAUCUUCUAUCUGGCGGCUCUCCCUCUCUGUCUCAAGAAAGUGAGUUCGCUUUCCGUUGAUUUUGGGACUCGCCUGAUCUCAGAUCGAUUCCUCUUUGCCCUAACCCUAUGUGGGUUUAGAAGUUGCGGAGGAGGAACUAUAGCUUCGUUCAAAACCCUAGCUAGCUCGUCUCUCUCUUCGAUCCCGACCAGAAUUGGCCGAUCUGUAAAGGUUUUCUAGGGUUUCGGUGCGAUUAUAGCCGCCAUGGUUGGAACCACGCAGCUUCAUCCGCAGAACCAACCUCUUCAGCCUCCGGCGUCCACAGCCGCCGCAGCAACCUCUGCUGAGGAAGAAGCCUUGAAGAGGAACACCGAUUGCGUCUACUUUCUUGCUUCCCCUUUGACCUGCAAAAAAGGAGCUGAUUGUGAGUAUCGGCACAGCGAUGUUGCCCGGGUUAACCCCAGGGACUGCUGGUUUUGGUUGAAUGGUAAUUGCUUGAAUCCAAAAUGUGGAUUCCGACACCCGCCUCUUGACGGGUUAUUAGGGAACCAACCACCUACUCCUGUUGGAUCUUCCAUGCCUACGUUACAGACUGCACUGCCAUCACCUGUUUCAAGCACCCCUCAUAACUCAGCCAAACAGGCUGUUCCUUGCAUUUUCUUCCAAAAGGGGCUCUGCCUAAAGGGUGACAGGUGUCCCUUCUUGCAUGCACCACCAACUGCCAACAACAAAAUCCUGCAGGUUCCUGGAGGUGCUAAUGUUUCAGAGCCUCCAACUCUUAAAAAGUCUUUAGGUGGCCUUGAAAAGUGCAGUCAAGAGCUAAAUGUUCAACAAGCAAAUACACCAAAACCAGCUGAAUUACUUCCCCAGCUCAAGCCACAUGCCAAAGUUGAAUCUGGUCCACCCAAAAAUGGAGUUGCCACUGACAGAUAUGUGCCACCAUCUACCGGACUGGAUGAGCAGCCUCCUAGAUACAGGAAGACAAAUGUUUCCCCUGCUCCUGCCGAAAAUUCAAUCAGCAGGUCCAACCGUGUGCAGCAAGUUCAUGUGUUGGAUGAUCAUGCUAUCAUGAACAGUAGAGAUGCUGAUGAAUUCUCACGAGAGCCCUCCCCUGGUUUUGAUGUUCUGGUGGAUGAUGAUCUUAGGGAUUCUGAUUAUUAUCAUAAUGAGGACCACUAUGGAAGCACAAGGGCUCAUGAGGGAAGAAAUUUGAGCCAAAUUAAUGAUUAUGAAAUUGGUCAUUCUGCAGAUUAUGAUUCAAUGGUUGAUGUUGACCGAGACAUGUAUUGUGAUCCACAUGGAUAUGAUUCAUAUGACCGCAUGCAUGGGCAGUAUCCUAAGGAGCAGCGAAGGAAUUCAUCAGAGAAGAUCUUAGUGGGGUCAGGGCAUUUUGAAAGGAGGCGAUACCCUAGAGCCAACAGUCCCGAUCAAAUUGGUGAGUCAGAUUUGAGGUAUCGCUUGUCGAAGCAGAGGAGAGUUAAUGGUUUGAGAUCUGUCAUUAGUCAUGAUCGUACCCGUGACAACCAUGCUGAGGACCGAAGUUACCGAGGACCAGCUCGAAGGGAUGCUCACUAUUUACUUCCAAAUGAAGGUACUGUUAGUAAUCGCCUUCGCGGAAGAAUAAAACUGCCGGAGAGAUCAUCCUCUCCUGUUAAUGGAAGUGAGUUACAUCCAGACAGAGAAAUGGAAAGGGGAAGGAGUUGGGGCAGGUUGUCUCCAGGAAGGUCACAGGUUUCCACUCGCCAGGGGAGGGUUCGGGACAGAAUAAAAGAAAGGUUCCCUGAGGAUAUCAAUAGCGAGGAGAGAAAUUUUAGAGGUCCACGCAUGAGAGACGCUAUGAACGACACUAACGUGAAUUUUGCUGGUCCAAAAAGUCUUGCAGAGCUUAAAGGUGGGAAGAAUACUGAGAGGAACAAGCAGCAAAUGAGCGAUGAACAAUCACUUGGGAAACGGAAAUAUUCAAAGUUAGAGAGCCAUCAACAACCUGAAGAAGACCUCUCAUUCGAAGGACCGAAACCUCUAAGUGAGAUUUUGAAGAGGAAAAGAGCAGCUGCAACCGAAGUUCCUUGGAAAGGUUCGGUGUCUGCCAGUGAAGAAGAUGCUAACCCGAAAGAAGAGAAGUCAGGUGGCUUGAAGACUAGAACAGGCAUUUCCUCUCUUGUAACCAAGGAGCCAGCUCACUCCCCCGAGCACAGCAAUAAUAGGGAAGAAUCCAAGUCUGCAUCCGCUGCUGAUGUUUUUGAAACAGAAAACAGAGAUGAUCCAAUCCCCGGAGAAGAAACUAAAUCUGCUGACUAUCAGUCUCUUCAACAUAAUAAUGCGGAUGAUGUCGAUGUUGAAGACGGGAUAAUAGUUGAUGAUGCAAUGGAAGAUCACCAUGAUCCUGAAACCUUUGAACAAAGGGAGGGCGAAUCUGAUUACGAGCAGCUUGAUGGAGAGGACUUCAACCUAGACGAAGCUGAGCAUGCAGAGGGUGAGGAGUACCUGGAUGAUGAUGAUGGAGACGACUUCGCAAAGAAGAUUGGCGUCAUGUUCUCCUGAGAAAGGGGGGAGGACUGGCAGCUGACGAGGCGCGUGCAUGCUCCAUGAAUGUAAGCUUCUCCUUUGUAGCUCUGCUAGGUUGCUUCUCACAGAACAAAUCAGUUGCUGUGGGUUCUGAUAGAAGAAGAAGUAGUGAUAAUUGAGUCUUACUGUACUGUUUGAUUUUUUGUUUUCUUUUUUGCCGCCUUCUUGUUGUAUUUAAACUCCUGAUUUUGAAUGGGAAUUUUUUCUUACUGGUUGUGGCUUUUGGCCAUCCA